AUUGCAGAAAUGAAAGUGAAAGAUGGAGGGAGUCCGAGCGGAGAAAUGGAAGAGGAGAGACGCAUCUGCAAGAACUGCAAGAGGGAUGUGGCUGCAGUGAACUUCUCCCUCCAUGAGGCUCAUUGCAUGCGGUUUCUUGCUGUCUGUCCCAAGUGUGAGGAACUGGUUGCUUCAAAGGACAUGAAAGAGCAUCUUGCCAUGGCCCACCAACAGGUCAGAUGCACACUCUGUCACCAGAUGAUGCAACAGUAUCUGCUGGAGCACCAUGAGGCUGAAGAAUGCCAAGAACGCUCCGUUAAAUGCCACUUCUGCGAGCUGGAGCUGCCAUUCCAUAAGCUGCAAUCUCACCUGGAUGCAUGUGGCAGCCGCACCACCAUGUGUUGGGAUUGUGGCAAAUACGUCAUGCACAAAGCCCAAGAGGGACACAAGCUCACCUGCCAAACAGGCAAUAGGCUGAGGGCCCCUGGUUCCAAAACAAAGUUAUGCCUGCAGUGUAACAAUUGGUUUCCAGCAGAUCAAUAUCUACACCAUCUGAAUGAAUGCACUUCAUCUCCCAUGCUCCUGGGGGCUCUCGCCACCCAUUCUGCCGCAAGAUCACGGUCUCCUCCAUCUCCACCGAGCCUUCCAGCUCCAGCUCCUCCUUCCCCUACUUGGAAGAUGAAGGCCGACAAAGAUGUGCGCCCCAAGAGGAGGGACAGAGAGCUGCCUUCUAUCGAAAAAAUAUCUCUGAGGUCUCCAAGAAGCAAAAAGGCAUCUGGCUGCCAGGCCUUUGCCUCCAUCCUGACCUCCACUGGGCCUCAGGCUCACAAUGACAUGUAUGACCAGCUGCUGACAUGUUCCCAGUGCAACAUCCUCCUUCCCAGCCCAACCCUGCAGAAGCAUGAGAAAAAGUGCCAGCGGGCAGCUUCCCUACAAGCAAUUCGACAGAGCCCACGAUUUUUGGAAAAAGAAGGAGAAUCCGUGCAAAGCUCACCAGAAGGAAGUAGCUGGCAAUGACCUUUCUCAGCGGCUGAACUGGCCCUUUUCGUUCCAGCAGGAUCGGGUUCAGUAAAGUGCCUUGCAAUACCCUGAUCUGUCUUUUUAAGAAUAAAAGAGCUACAGUUCACAACCAA